AUGGACGACGACGAUGGGCUGGCCCUGAAGACGUUCCGCGUCUCGGCCAUCAAGACGUUGACGGACUAUUGUCCCGAAUACUCUCUCAAACCCAGCCUCAAAAAAAGCUCGGCGGCGAUCCCCGAAUCGAGGAAAACGGCAUGGGAUCGUCUCAGGGACGAUAUGUUUGCCACGCUGGAUCCCGUCGUUUUUCUCAAAGCCGAGCUCGACCCAGCGGGCAAAUUGCUGGCGGUGCACGAGGCGGUGAAGGGCAGCGAAGAGCUGGGUGGCACCAACACGAACAUGUCAUUACAAAGAGCCCCGUUCCACGGCGCCGUCACCAUCAAGGGCUCCUCCAACAAUGUCCCCUUCUUCCCUGGCGGCUUCGACGAGGAGCUGUCCCGGAUUCUGGAGAUGUCGCACGACGUCACGCUCCAAAACGACGAGGAGCGCUACCUCGAUUUCACCGAAUUGCUGAAUCGCCCGCCCGGCUUCCAGUACGACGUCGAGUUGGCCGUCGCUCAGCCACAGCAGCCGCAAGCCGAUCAGAUUGCCGUCGAGCAACCGGAAGUUGUUGAGACUCCCGCCGCGCCGCCAGUCGAAUUGAGCACGAGGGAUCUGUUCGAUUUCCUCGGCGGAUCGAUCGGAUUCGAGCUGACUGAGCAGGCGACGGUGAAAAGGGCGGACGAGGCGAAGAAGCGGAAGAAGCCGACUGACAAGCUCGAAUCACCACUCGCUCAACCCCCCGACCAACCAGUUGAGGGAACCGAGAAUUUGGAGGUGGUGCUGAAAAGGCCCCUCCACGAGCCGUCCCUUCUCCUCGCCCCGAAAUAUGCAUACGCAAAACGGAUCGACACCCAGACGGACAUUCCCGAAUAUAAGGACGUGUUCCCGAGGAUGGCCAGAGAGUACCCCUUCCCGCUGGACCCAUUCCAACAGGCGGCCAUUUGCGGGAUGGAGCGCGGGGAGAGCGUCUUUGUCGCCGCCCACACCUCAGCAGGCAUUCUUAUUUGCCGCUACCGUAAUCCCCAUUUUAGGCAAAACGGUGGUGGCCGAGCACUCUCCAACCAGAAAUUUCGCGAUUUCAAGAUGAUCUUCGAAGAGGUGGGCCUGGUGACGGGCGACAUUCAGCUGCACCCCGAAGCCUUUUGCCUCAUCAUGACCACCGAGAUUUUGAGAUCGAUGCUGUACAAUGGUUCUGAAGUGAUUCGAGAGCUCGAAUGGGUCGUCUUCGAUGAGGUGCACUAUAUCAAUGAUGUCGAGAGGGGCCACGUCUGGGAGGAGGUGCUGAUCAUGCUGCCGGCGCACGUGAAGAUUGUGAUGUUGUCCGCCACCGUGCCCAAUGCCGAUGAAUUUGCCGAUUGGGUCGGGCGAAUCAAGAAUCGUCGAAUUGAGGUGGUAUCGACGAAUAAGAGGCCUGUGCCAUUGGAACAUCAUCUCUACACUGGACAGGACGGAAAGACGCGACACGACAUCUUCCUGGUUGUCGACAAAACGGGCUCAUUCCAGGAUGCCGGCUAUCGAAAGGCAAAAGAAGCAAAGGAGGGCAUCAAAAAGACGGCCAACAGCAUCCGAGGCGGCAAACAACAAUUCCAGGGAGGCGGAGGAGGGCACAAUCGCAAUGACAAGAACAUCUACAUCAAUCUGGUGGAUCAUUUGCGGUCGAGGGACCAGUUGCCCGUCGUCUGUUUCGUCUUCUCCAGGAAAAGAUGCGACGAUAAUGCGCAGAUGCUGUUGUCGAUGGAUUUGACGACGGCCCUCGAGAAGAACCACAUCCAUCGAUUCUUUCAUCAAUGCGUUCAGAGGCUCAAGGGAAGCGACAAACAAUUGCCACAGGUGCGUGUCCUGGGCGAGCUGUGUCAACGUGGUAUCGGUGUCCAUCAUUCCGGCAUCCUUCCGAUCCUCAAAGAAGUUGUCGAACUCCUCUUCCAAAAGGGAUAUGUCAAGGUAUUAAUGGCGACGGAGACAUUCGCAAUGGGUGUCAAUAUGCCAGCCCGUACCGUCGUCUUCGAUUCCAUCCAAAAACACGACGGAAAAGAGCUGCGCCUUCUCACCCCCGGCGAAUAUGUUCAAAUGGCUGGAAGGGCUGGGAGAAGAGGUCUCGACGAUACCGGCAAUGUUAUUGUUCUAUGCAAAGGGCAGUAUCUGGUUGAUGCUCAAGAACUCAAGGACGUCACCAUGGGCCGCCAAUCCGAUCUGCAAUCCAAAUUCCGCGUCACCUACACGAUGCUGCUCAAUUUGUUGCGCGUCGAGCAGUUGAAGAUUGAGGACAUGCUGCAGCGGAGUUACGUGGAGAGUGGAUCGUUGCGGAAUGCGCUGAAGGUGAAGGAACAGCUCGAGAUGGAGCGCGACAAGCUCAGCGAGUUUACCCUGCCCGACUGUUGCCACUGUUUCCCGGAAGUCGGCCAGACAGCAGCCCUCUCGCAAUAUGUCCAGGAGAUGACCAAAUAUUACCAACUGCGUUGCCAACUGUGGGAGCAUUUGUGGAAGGAGCCGGGCGUCUCGGCUGCCCUAAUUGCUGGCCGAGCAGUGGUGGUGAAUACGGGAAGAUACGGACUCGGCACCAGGGUCGCCAUUCUCAUCAAGAUGAUGGCCGACAAGCUGCGCGUGGUUAUCCCCUGCGACAAGGAGGAGCUCUUCGUCACCAAGGACGUCGACACCGUGGGCGACGAAGAGGCUGGUGUUCGUGCCCUUGUACUCUAUGGUGUCGAUGGAUGUGAGAAGCAAAUUGGCAACUACGAUGAGAUUAGCAUGAGACUGCUCGAACUCGGUCCCUCCUCUCUGGUGGGCAUCUGCAAGAAUCUCUUCAAACUCGACAAGACCCCCAUUAAUGCCGCCGAUUUCGACAAUGAAGUUCAGAGGGCUAGCAUGCCCAGAUUCAGGAAGCACCGUUUGAAUGAGCCGUACGAGAGAUUGAUGCUCAACCUCGUCCAAUACACCAACAAAUUCUCCCCAUCCGAAUAUCAAGAGAUCAGAGGCCAUAUCAAGCUGAAAGACAUGAUGAACCAAGAGAUGUCGUUCUAUUUCGACUCUUCCCGUGAACACGUCCGCUCUCUCCGUGCCCAAUGGAAUCCCCUUCACUGUGUCGCCCUCGAAAAGCAUUUGACCUCGUUCCUGUUGCGCAGCCGUCAGCAGCAAGUGGUGGAGAAGAUCAAGCAGAAACUGUCGCCCGACAGUCUGGCUCUAUCAAAUGACUAUCACGAUCGAUUGAAGAUGCUCAAAAUGCUGGACUACGUCGAUACGCACGAUAUGGUCACGUUCAAGGGCAGGGUCGCAUGCGAAAUUCAUCAUCAGGAGCUGCUGAUCACGGAGCUGAUCCUCGACGGGAAAUUGCAUUCUCGUGCUCCAGAGGAAGUUGCUGCUCUUCUCUCCGCUACCACAUGCCAAUACAAGGGAUCCGAACAGACGCUCAACCAUCAAAUGCCCAUUUUUGUCGAGUUGAUGCGUGACGUGCUGAACACGCAGGAUCGUAUCCAGGCCAACGCCCGUGUCGCCCGACUCAACUUGGAAGAGGUGGGCGACGAGUUGCGGUUCGAUUUGAUGGAGGUCGUGUAUCUAUGGGCCAGGGGAGAGAGCUUCGCGGCGAUUAUGGAGAAGACUGACUGCCAGGAGGGUCUCAUCGUCCGUUGUAUCCAACGACUCGGAGAGGUAUGCAAAGACGUGCGAAACGCGGCCCGUAUCGUCGGGGAUCCGGCUCUAUUCGAAAAGAUGGAACAAGUGUCCUCGGCAAUCAAAAGGGAUAUUGUAUUUGCUGCCUCUCUUUAUACUGCCGCC